AUGGGACGUAGCUUCUUUCAUCUCCGAGGAAAGCUAAGUCUCGGGCCUUCCAUCUUUGAUCGUGAUGUUGAGAAGGUCACCCUCGUGACCACCACCACUUUUGGGCCAAUCGGUGUCAGAUGGAUCGUUCGGAAGAAGAGAUCCCCGCGAGCGCGAAGGCCGACAUUCCACGCCCAGACGUCAAGUUCUGACCCAGUUGUCGUUGUCCAAAACAACAAGCAAGAGCCUUCGAGAGCUGUCGCUGAGAACCCCAAGAAGAGGUCGCGUACAUUUGAUUCCUCCGAAACCCAAGAAUGGGGAAGAGUUUCCAAGAAACCCAAGAAAACUCCCAAGACGGGUCUCGCGGCUCUAAUCAGACCAAGCAAAUUGCCGACGAAGUACAUGGAGAAAAUUCAGGAGAUGCAAGGUCGGGAUACGACGCUCGUGGUGGAGAAGACUCUUACUGCCACGGACAUGAGCCGAGGCCAAAGUAGGCUCUCUAUACCCAACAAGCAGAUAAGGCAAGGUUUCCUGAGCAAAGAAGAGAUCCGAAUCCUAGAUAGGAAGGAGGGCAUUAAGAUUUCCCUCAUUGAGCCGUGCCUCGAAGUUUCUCACGGGUUGCAACUGAAGAGGUGGAAGUACAAGAGCAGAAAUUUUUCUUACGUGUUGACGGAGAGGUGGAAUGGAGUCGCGCAUCCUUAUGCACGGAAUGAACUCAUGAAGGAUGUUGUCAUUCAACUUUGGUCCUUCAGGGUGGAUGGCAGCCUUUGGUUUUGCCUCAAGAAAGUUGAAGACCAUCAAGGCAAUGGAUACGAUGGCUGUGAUCUUCCUCCUAUUUCGUGA